AUGGCUAAGACAAAAGAUGAUGGUUCGCCAUCUAUCGAGACACUAGCAAGUGGCGCCAUUGCAGCUGGAUGUUUGCAGGCGAUAAUGAGUAUGGUGCAUCCAGAGCUAGUAAAAUUUGUGUUGUUUCAGAAGGAGCGUGUGGCCCGCAGCAAUGCCAGGUUGGAACGCUCUACUUCGCGUUACUUCAGAAAGGAUAGAGAGAUAUCAGAUACCAGCGACUUAAACAUUGCGCAACAAAAUGACUUGUCUUAUCAGCUAAAGUACCUUCGGCAACAUUGGCACAGCCACUUACGGUACUAUGGUUUAGACCCUGCACUACCUACCAUAGUACAGAGAGCUCUCAUGUUCCGUAACAAAGUGUCUCAUCAAAAUCAAUUGACAUUAACUCAGUACAAGACGGCUAUUGCUACUUUUGAAAAAUUGGCAGAUAUUAUCGAGUGCAAUGCGCUCAUUAGACGGCAAAUUCGGGAACUUGUGACUAAGUUGUUGUCAUUCUCUCCUCUAAAUACAAGAGAAGCUGUUGGAGACACGAAAACUUCCACAACUCAAGUAAAAGAUCAUGCAGAAAUAACAUGUGAAGAGACAGAAAGCAAGUUGGUAUUUGAUUUGACACAAGCAAGGAUGAUACCUCCUCCAGCGUCCUUGGAUCAGAUUUUACAGCAAAAUUAUUUGUAUGACGGAGAUGAGGAGGAGUACCCGUUGUGGAUGGAUUUAAAACUUAUUGGCAAUGAUUAUUACAAUGAAAAGAAUUACACGGAAGCAAUAGAAGCCUACUCACAAGGGUUGGACGUAGCGCCGAAUCAGGCGGUAUUGUUUGGCAAUCGAGCCAUGUGUUAUCUGCGACUGAAUGAAUUUGAACGUGCACGUGAAGAUGCGGAAGAUGCUAUCGAUGCUGACAAACUCGAAAACGUUAAGUACUAUAGGCUGUUGUCGGAGGCGAUUAUAGGAAUGAAAGACUACGAUGAGGUAAAGAAGAUUUGUGAACAAGGACUGAAGCUGAAAUCGACAGACGCUACACUACUUAGUAGAAAACGUACUGCGGAAACUAUGAUUGCAAAAGAAAAAUCUGAUCAUGAUUUGGAAAAGAAGAGACUUCAGUUGGAAGAACGAGCAAAAGUUAAGCAAGUAAAUGCAGCUGUCGCGGCAAAUUCUGUGCAGGUACAACUGAGACCGGGUAAACACAAGUUAACCAAGACAAAUAACAAGCAAAAGAAUGCAGCACCUGAGAUGGAGUUAGUGCCGAUGCUCGAGUAUCAGGAGGUGCCGUCGAAGUGGAUUGAGACGCAUUCUCGUGGAUCCCAGCGCCUUAAGAUGUACCAGCAAGGUUCAGAAAGUCUGGUGGUAGCAGCGAAGAUAUUGCUUCAGGUUACUAGCAGCAUUGGGACACCCAGAUUGUCAAAAUUGCAGUUGGACAAGCUGGUCAAAGAAGGCAUGGCAAACCUUCGUAAAGCUGGAAAAGCUGGCAUUGCUGAGGCGUGGUUUUGUCUUGGUGUGCUCUAUAGCAGCGACGUUCGAAAAUGCAUGCCACUGAAAGCCGAUCCUCACAAGAUGUUGGAAUGCUUUCAGAAAGCAGCAGAGCUGCGGCCUUUUAUUAAACCACCUGGAAAUCGUGUUUUCUCGCACCAAGGUGUUGCGGAGGCUGAGAAUGAGCUGGGAGUUUGUUAUCGAGACGGGAAACCCGCUUCUGUUGUAGACGUUGACUUGGAAAAGGCGUUCCACUACUUCUUGCGGUCGGCAGAGCAUGACUAUCCUAUUGGCCAAUACCACGUCGCAAUUGCCUACGCAACGGGCAGUGGAACGCCAGUUGACGCAUUUGCAGCGCGGAUGUGGACGUCACGCGCGGCACAGCACGGAUUGCCUGCAGCGCAGCAUUAUCUUGCUGAGCUAUUUGAAAAGGGCUAUGGUGGAAAGCGUGAUGUCAGUCAAGCUCAAGAAUGGACACUAGCAGCCUGCCAGAGUCGACUAUCAGGCCUGUUACUAAAGCAUGAUUUUGCUGAUAAUGGUAUCACAGCGAGUGGCAGCGGUAAAAUUGAUGACCAGUUUUUGUGCAAUUCCACGAUAUUGCAACGCGGUAAGGCAGCGCUUCAGGAAUUUUAUAGCGCGUAUCUGGAUAAGGACAGAAAAGACAACGGCGCUGAAUUUGGUAAUGGUUCUGACGGUGAUGAUGAUAAGCUAUUGAUAGCAAAGGUGACCUCGCUCCCACUGGAAUUCUCAUCUUCCUUCGAUAUCAUAGGCAUGUAUCGACCGCCUUCUGCCGUUAUUGACGCUGAAAUUCAAAGUCGUGCUCAGGCUGGAGGUAUUACAGCUUGGAAGUACCUUGCAUCUAAAGAGCUUCUUGGUAGUGCGGCUAAAUUACUUGCUUUAUGGGAUUUUAAGGGUGCGCUACGAGAUUUAAAAAAGGCCGAUUUGAUGUGGGAGUGGCCAAAGGGUGCUCUCGCGGCGGCUACCUCUACAGACCUGCUACCUAAAAUUCUUAAGGAAGCUGCUGUGAGUUUACAGAUCAACCCCAGGGAUAUUGAUGCGGCAUACGUGAUCGGGCGAUGGCAGAUGAUGAGCAGUCAAGAUGAUGUCUGUCACUGGAGACGGUGUGCAAAAAUGCAUCCGAAUGAAGCUUCGUUUCGCUUUUAUCUUGGCGCUGCGUAUUUAACGAUGCAACGCUAUGAUGACGCCUUGGUAGCAAUGGAAGCUGCGCUGGCAAUCCAAAAGAAGCCGGAUUGGCUCUACUGGUUUGCCGCACCAAUGAUAGGAUUAGGUUUGAUUGAGCCGGCCAUGUCGAUAUACAAAGAGUACGUAAACACCAAUCCUCCUGAUGAGCGAUUCAUACCAGACGCGUACUACUCUAUCGGCGCAUUAUAUUUCAAGCAGCGCAACAAUGCCAUGGCUACUGUUUACCAUGAACUCGGACAGAUGGCUGAGUCUGUUACCAUUCGCUUUCCUGCGUUUUAUCCUUCGGUUCUUUACGACAUUCCAAAGGAGACGCUUCGUUCUGGUAUGAAAAUGAAUGGUUUCAUGGAGUCAUCGGUGAUUGCAAAAAUUUUAGCACAAAAUAUGGCUGAUUGUGGAUUCUGUAAGGCAACGAUAAAAGUUACUCAACUACUUGGCCAUAAAUUAUCCAAGUGCCCACGGCGGGCUGUAGCGUGCCAAGAUUGCAGCGAGCAUAUGGUCUUUGAUCUUCUUCAGACUCACAGGCUUUCACGGCAUGCUGCUUCUGGUGUGGGCAGAAAAAAAAAGGCAAAAGAAGAAAGGCAUUCACAAAAUACCGUCGCGGGUUUAUCUCUACAGCAAACAGAGCUAGCGAACACCGCACUGAGACAAAGUGAUGGUUUGCAGGAUCUCGUAGCUCCAAAAUUUCAUUUCGUGGGUACUAUUCUUGACAUUACAAGAGGGAAGAGUACCCAAACAGUGUUCACACUAGAGACGAUAUUUGGUCAGCGUUGGACUUUACGAGUGAAUUGCAUUUCGAAGACAUCUCGAUCAAAUGCUGCAGUUGCAUUAUCGAAAGCCAUUGAGGGGGCUGAAGUCACUAAUUCAGUGCUUGUUUUUUGGCGUCUAUCACCACCACUAGAAAUGAUUGACCAAUGCACAGUCGCUAUACCCAUGCAGCGCGAAGUAUAUGGACAGGAUGUUGUCCUGUACGUCUUAAAAUGCUCUGCGCAAGGAGUGGGCUUUGAAUUAUGUCAGUUGCGGCACAACAAGUACAUAGGGAAUGGAUUACUAUGCACCUCCUGUGGUAACCCAAAUAUUCCCGCGAAGAGCCUUUUGGCUUGCGGUGCCUGCAAAAUGGUCAAGUAUUGCUCCCGUAACUGCCAGCGGAUGCACUGGAAAGGUGGUCAUCGUCACAUGUGCCAGGAUGCUGCAUUUUUUAACUAUUGCACCACAAUGAGUGAAGACAUCACUCCACCAGGGUUGCAAAAAGCAGUUGGCACAUGA